AUGAUGACACUUGAUGACAGCGAUGAUAGCAAUGAUAAAGAUGCUGAUGAAGAGGACAGCGGAGAGGAUGAUGAGGAGGAGGGGGGAAAUGAUGAUACAGUCAAGAGCUCACAGCAGUUUGGUUGGGGGGAGGCUGGCCGACGCCAGAAAGAACACCCAGGGUUUGUGGAGGAUGUACCACCUUCGCAAUCUCCAGUCGCUCGCCCUCUCACACCUGAAAUUCAGUUCCAGUACUCACGCGAUGAAGAUGAUGUAGUUGCCCAGACGAGCCUUGAUAAAACCUCGCGGAACGAAAGCUCUCAGGACCCUCCGGAUAUCUCACCAGGACCGCGGCGGCAAGCAUCCCAACACAUUGAGACCAUCACCUCGAAGCCUGACGAUGUACUACAACGCCACCAUAAGAAAAACGGAAAGCCCUGUCUUCCUGAUCCUGAAUCCCUCGAACUGCUGAAUCAAGUGUCCGAGUGUGAUGUUCAGCCAUUGAAAAACAAAAAGUCUAGGUCAUCGCGUGGUGGGCCAACACCCGAUCAAUUAUCUUGGUACGGACCAUGCUGGAAAAGUUUUCUGGAGGACGCCAAAGUAGAAUGUCGCGCGCAACACGCCCUGGAGAACCCGUUUCCAACUUUGGUGAAGAAUCUUCCAGGAACAAUCACUGAAGUUCUCAUUGCAGUAUUGGUUGUGUGGGAUACGAACGGUAAACAAUUUGAAGCUGGGGUUUGGCCAGAACAAAAAUUUAAUAUGACUCGGUUGCUGUACGACGAUCUUUCGACUUGGCGAUCUGACUUGAAGAAAACAGCCAUAAGCAUUGCACCAGUAUCAUAUUCGCUUAUUCCUCCGCUUUCUGUCCCCAUUCAGGAACGUGCUGCUUGGGUCGAGCAUGCUGCUGCUGAAUUGAUCAAGGAAGCAUUCUUCUUACGCUUUGGGGUGGACGAUCAGUUCAAUUGUGUCUUCGACGGUCUUGUGAAAAACGGACAUGGGAAGUCAUACCCAAACUUUUCCACCAAGGACUACGGCCCCAUCUAUUGUCGGAUGCUCGAAUUGCUCAAACAUAUCCUUGAGGAUGCGUAUCAUGGGCCUAGGCUGUCAGCUCAACUGCGAGAAUGGGCUGCAGCGGGAUGGGCUGCAGCUAUGAAUCUCGAAGGAGUUGUUGAUGCGAGACACGACCACCUGCAGAUUCUUCUUGACUAAAAGCUUCGUAUUCCCGCUCCCCAGUUUAUAUCAAG